CGACACCCAAAAGCAACACAAGGUGUAGCGGCCCAGCUCUAGUGCUCUAGUGAGUAGUGCAAGGAUCGAGCUAGCGGAGAGACUCGGUAUGGCGAUGUCCACCCCGGCCACCGUGGUGCUGGAGAUGAUGACGAUGGGGCAGCAGUCCGCGGCGCACCUUAGGGAGCUGCUCAGGGCCGCGUCGCCGCCGACGGAGGCGGAGCGCGGCCAGGCGCUCACCGCGGAGAUCCUCCGCUGCUGCGACCGCGUCAUCGCCGCGAUGAGCGGGGUCGCCGCCGGCAGGAAGAGGAAGGCGAUCACGGAGCACGGUGCCAUGCCGUCCAAGAGAAGGGCGCGUGGUGCGUCGGCGCAUCGGGAGGUCCGGUGCGGGACGACGGCUGACGGGUUCGUGUGGAGGAAGUACGGGCAGAAGGACAUCAAUGGAAGCAAGCACCCGAGGUUCUAUUACCGCUGCGCAUACAGCGGCGACGGCUGCGGCGCGACUCGCCGGGUACAGCAGUCGCAGGAGGGCCCCGCGGCGUUCGUGAUCGCCUACUACGGCGACCACACGUGCGGAGGCGGCGCCGGCGGCGAUCCCUGUCAGCAAGAGGCACGUGCGACGAUGCCUCCUACCGUCGUCGACUUUGGCUCGAACGCUGGCGGAGUCGUCGGCGUCUUUGAUCGGUAUCAGAAUGUGGAAGAAUCUCCUCGGCCGUUUAUCGCCGCCGAGCAGAGUUGGCGCCAUCACAGCGGUGAGACGUCGCGGGGACGGUGGUCGUCAUCUUCCUCCUCGUCCUCUGAAGCGGAACUGGGCACUUCUCCUGUACAGGAGUUUCUGGAAGGCAGCCUCGGAGUCGGAUGGGAAUGCGUCGUCAACUACCUUGGUUUCACUAGUGAUCUCCCUCAACCUGCUAUGCUUCAGUAGAGGGUAGCAGCUUGCUCAGCGUGGUAUAUCUCGCACGGUUUAGUCCACUGAUAAGAUUUGGAGUACGUCGGUAGUGACAUUACGUGUCGGAGAGUGAGUGACAAUCUACCAUUUUCUUUAUUUUUUUUAAAGUGAUGUUUAAUGUUUACCCUAGAUAUGUAUUUGUGAUACUAAUUAUCCAUUCUAAUGAAUAUCCAUCUAAAUCAUCCCUUUUGUAAA